AUGGGGAGAGGAAAGAUUGUGAUUCGAAGGAUCGAUAACACAACCAGUAGGCAAGUGACUUUCUCAAAACGAAGGAACGGAUUAUUAAAGAAAGCCAAAGAGCUUUCUAUUCUUUGUGAUGCUGAAGUGGGUCUUAUGAUCUUUUCUAGCACUGGCAAGCUCUAUGAAUUCUCAAGUACCAACAUGAAAUCUAUAAUUGAGCGGUACAACACGUCGAAGGAGGACCAGCACCAUCCACUGAUGAAUGCAACUUCAGAAGCCAAGUUCUGGAAAAGGGAGGCAGCGACCUUGAGGCACCAAUUACAAAACUUGCAAGAAAACCAUCGGCAAUUGAUGGGUCAAGAGCUAUCCAGUUUGAGCGCUAAAGAGCUACAAAGUUUGGAAAAUCAAUUGGAAAUGAGUUUGCGUGGUGUCCGUAUGCAAAAGGACCAAAAGCUAACCGAUCAGAUACACGAACUAAACCGAAAGGGAAACCUCCUUCACCAAGAAAACAUGGAACUAUUCAGGAAGGAACACCGUAUACGUCAAGAAAACAUGGACUUGCUAAAGAAGAUCAAUGAAGCGAGUGAUGCACGUGAGACAAGUAGGGUUUCUCAUUCUCCAAAUGUCUUUAAUCUUAAAGAAGAAGAAGAAAAAGAUGAUGAUGAUUGUAUCAUACUCCAAUUAAGCCAACCACAACAACAGAACUAUGCCACGCCACAAAAUCCCACAGCACUAAGACUACAGUUGCAAUGACGAACAGGAGUUACAAAUUCUAGUCCAAAACACUUGCUUACCUUUGAACUUCACUCUGCAUAAAUCGCCCUUUAAAAAUCAGAAUAAAGAAAAGCUUGAAGAUAAGUUCUGUUCUCUAUUAUUUUCGCUGUCUCCCUAGUCUGGUGAUCGCUCCUACAACCCUUCAUAACUAAAUUGUCUACAGAUUCCAGUAUGUUUCUUGAA